AUGCCUUUCAAGCCCUUCGCACAUCUCGCCAGAGUUAGUUUCGCAAAGGGAAUCGCCCACACUUACGCUCCUUCUUUUGUCGCUGCUGGUCAGUCACUUGGUCAAUUUCAAAAUUACCCCGUUGCCAAAUUCUCAAAGACCGCUCAAUUACAACAAACCUUCUCCGGUCCUGCAGGUUCCAACGCUGGAGCAAAGGCUGGUCAGAGUUCACAAUCUGGUGGAAAUGAUGCUGGUUUAGCUCAAUACUAUGCAGCAUGGCAACAUGCACAACAGACAGGGGAUGACGCAGAUUGGAAACAGCAUGAGUCAGCGAGGAGGAUAGGAUGGAAGGAUCAAGAGAGAGUACACUCGACAAAGCCACCGGUCCUUCGCCUUGAUUCUUCAAAACCCAUCGAUGCUCUUCGAAAUACUGUUCGUCUUCCAAUUUCACGUGAUGAUGCCGAUCGUCUUGCCAUCCAAGUCCAAGAGGGUAAUGAGUCGGAAACUGAGGGCCUCCUUGUUCAGGUCGAUGAAGUCAUCACAAAAGAGAUUCAGGACGUCCAAGCGACAUCACAAAUUGAGGACAUCACCUCUCGCGAGCCCGAGGUUGGCACUCCCGUCGCCAGCACAAGAGCCGCAACUCCAGCUCUUCAGGACUCUAAUAAUACCGACCUCGACUCCUCUGCUUAUUCUCAAGAACAAACAACCCCACCAACAGAUGCCACAUCCCUUGCCUCGGAUGAGUCUAUCCUAUCCGAGCAUAUUGUUCAGCUAGGACAGCAACAACGAUAUUCCGAGAUUCCGGCAGUCUUCGAAGCCAUUAUCAAAGAUGGUCAGGUUCCGAGUGUGGAUGCAUACAACUAUAUUUUGUUGUCCGCAAUCAACUUGACCAAUGCCUAUCAACCAUGGCCAAAAGCUCUCGAAGUCUAUGGCGACAUGACCAAACGUGCCGUCGAACUCAAUGCCACCACGUACAUUAUUCUUCUACGCUUCUUGGCAGCAAGAAGUCUUGAGGCACAUCAAGUUCAAAAGACCCUGGGUAGAAAUGCCGCUAGAUAUGGAAGUGAGGGAGCACUGGUCUUACCUUCUGCUACCAACCAACAGCAACUCUAUGCAGCUGACACUUCCUUGACCUUUGCAACAAAACUGUACAACAUUGCUCGAGCCACAGUACAAAAUUUCAGACCUUCAGCAUCUCUGUACAAUGCGCUGGUCAAGAGCUCAGCACAAAGUGGACUUGUGGACCACAUGAAUGUUCUUCUCGCCGAUAUGAAGUCUUAUGAUAUCCCACUUGACGCCCGUCUAUACACAGUUGUCAUCGAAGCUCAGGCAAGCAAGCAGGAUAUUCAUGCCGCCCAAACUCUCUACGAAGAUUAUCGUGACCGCGCCAUCAGCCGUUCUGCAAACGAUCCGCUCGAUGUGCAAGUCUAUGCUGCAUUGAUCAAAGCAUAUUAUAGCACUGGUCUCGCCGAGACUGGAUUACGUUUCUACGAGAGAAUCUUGCAUUCGUUCAAGGAUUCCGUCAACCAGCACGAUCUUUCUGAAGAUUUGACCACUGCCUUCAUUUUGAAUGGUCUCGUUCAGCACCACAUUGAAAACAAGGCUUUCUCAACUGCGAUCUCCAGCAUCAAUGAUUUUGCUCUUCAGCCUGUUGCUCGCGAUCAGGCCUUGUCUAUGGUGUGUGUGUCCGCUGCCGAUGCCAACAACCAAACAGAUGCUCUUGUGGCAUUCGAAGCUAUCACCUUUGAAACCCUCAAAGCGGAGCCUGUCAUGGCCGUUGUAGCCAUGCACAUCCGAGCCGGUGACGUGACGAAGGCUAAAUCCAUUUGGAAUCAAGUCCGAACCAUUCCUUUGAUACCCACUACCGACUUUGCCGCGAUGUAUGCAUUAGCACUUGUCCAAAAUGGUUCUAUCGAGGAAGGUAUCACUGAAGCACGAGAAAUGUUCCAGCGAAUCCGUGGAUCAAGUUCUUCUGAAGCUGGACGUCAACUCGCCAUUGCGGAAAUCGAUGAAACCAUUGUUCUCUUUGGUGAGGCUUUGGCAAAGCAGCAAGCCGUGGUUUCGGCACCAACUAGUGUUUCGAUGUUGCGGGCAAUGAUCGAGAAUGGUGGUUUGGUUUCGCCUGUUGCCCAACAUGCCAUUGCUAGUCUUGGUCCUGAAUGUGUUCAUCAACUCAGUGCUCAAGAUAUUGCGUUGGCUCUUCACGUCCAAGCUCAGAUGUUCAUGUCUGACAAUUCUGCCGACAUCGCCCACCCUGCUCGUUUCUCCCAUCUCUUGGAAACGGUCCUUAAUCGUGGCAUUCUGAUGGAUCCUUCAACCGUUCAUGUUGUUAGUGAGUGCAUCACCAAGAUCACCACUAUUCGACCCGAUCUGGUUCAACGUUGGCAAGAUUUAUUACACCCCAGUAUCCCCGCGCCUCUGAAUGUUCAACCACGUUCGCCAGUGACACCUCAAUCUGUCACUGCUGAACAUGUCGCUCCUACUGAUACCUUCGAUCCUUAUGCUCACACCACUGAUUAUCGCGCAUCGAAGGCUAUCUCUGAUCUGGUUGAAAGCACCAGUGGCCGUAUCGAAAAUCACUUGAGUGAUGCCCUGAGUCGUUUGAGAAAUGUCCGUCGUGCCGGUAGACAUCUUCACUAUUCGGCUUAUGCUAAACUAAUAACUGGUGCUGGAAAGGCCAAGCAAACCAAUCUGAUUCACGAGAUUUUGAGCAUGGCUCAUGCUGACGUGCCUAUGGCGUUGCAAAUUCCUGCUGUUCGAGCUGGAUGGGUUUCAAUUCUGGAUUCAAUGGUCGCGGCUUGUCUCACUGUUGGCGAACGUGAUCAGGCAAACAAAUUCCACCAAGACCUUCUCGAAAUGGGUGCCGCACCAUCAGCCAACACUUUCGGUAUUUACAUCACCACACUAGAAGGUACAUUUGAUGAAGCCACUGAGGCCGUCAAGAUCUUUCAACGUGCUUUGUCAGAGGGUGUUACUCCAAGUGUAUUUUUGUACAAUGCUGUGAUUGGCAAACUUGGCAAGGCUCGUCGCAUCGAUGACUGUCUCCGAUAUUUCGGGGACAUGGAAGGUCGAGGAAUUCGUCCAUCCUCUGUCACCUAUGGUACCCUUGUCAACGCCCUCUGCCGAACCAGUGAGGAACGUUUUGCUGUGGACAUGUUUGAUGAAAUGGAGGCUGCACCAAACUAUCGACCUCGACCAGCUCCCUACAAUUCCAUCAUCCAGUACUUCUUGAACACCAAGCGCGACCGCAGCAAGGUAUUGGAGUAUUAUGAGCGAAUGAAGUCCAAGAACAUCAAGCCGACCUCACACACCUACAAAUUGCUCAUCGAAGCUUAUGCUUCUCUUGAGCCCGUCAAUCUUGAGGCCGCUGAAGCUCUCCUAUCUGAGAUGAAACAAGUUGGUGUGCAACCUGAAGCAGUUCAUUAUGGUUCUUUAAUCCAUGCAAAGGGGUGUGUCAUGCAUGACAUGCCUGCUGCUAGAGCCGUCUUUGAUUCCGUCAUCAAUGGUAGCACAAUGCGACCUACAGAUACUCUAUACCAGAAUCUACUUGAGGCAAUGGUUGCCAACCACGAAGUCGCCAAGACUUCCGAGGUUGUCAGCGAUAUGCAACGACGUGGUAUUCCAAUGACACCAUAUAUUGCAAAUACUCUCAUUCAUGGCUGGGCUGGAGAAGGAGAUGUCUCCAAAGCAAAGGCCAUUUACGACACACUUGGACAUUCUAAACGCGAACCGAGUACAUAUGAGGCAAUGACCCGAGCAUUCCUCACCGCCGAGGACCGUCCAAGCGCCAAUGCUAUUGUUCAAGAAAUGAUGCGCAAGGGUUAUCCUAGUGCUGUCACGGAGAAAGUGCUUGCCCUGGUGGGAGGCAUGACAGUUUAG